AUGGCGAGCGAACAGACGCCACACACCGAUGGCGAGAACUCUUCGGCGGGGAAAAUUAGAGGACUUGACAUGACAUGGGCUUUGAAUCCCAAUCUUACAUACGCAGCAGGCGUAUGUGUUGCCAUUGCCUGCAUCAUCUCAUUUGCUGACCUACGUGAUCACCUGGCUCGGUUUGAUUAUCCUCAGCUGCAGGUUUUGGUGCUUCGCAUCAUUGCUAUGAUUCCCAUCUAUGGUCUUUUCUCUUUGUUGUCUUUGGUGCUUCUGGAUAUGCGCUUCUUUCUUGAAACAAUUCGUGACACAUACGAGAGUUUUGUGCUUUACAUGUUUUUUAUAUUAUUGCUGAAAUACUGCGGCGGUGAGGGCCAACUACUGCGGUCUUUAAAGGCAAAGCGUUACAAGGGGGUUCACUUGUUUCCUUUUUGUUGGUUGCCUACAUAUCCAUUAGAUACGGCAUUUUAUCUUCGAUGCAAGCGCUGGGUGUUGCAAUGUGCUCUAAUCAAACCAUUGUGCUCCUUUCUCGCGAUGCUUUUGAAUCCACUGGGAGUUUACGUUGUGGGCAAGUUUACCUUGAACAACGCCUACACCUACCUUUCCAUUAUCAUGAACUUUAGUCUUACGGUUUCGCUUUAUUAUCUGGUUUUAUUUGAGGUGGAACUUGAGAAGGAGCUGCACUAUGCAAAGCCCUUUCUUAAGUUUUUAUGUAUUAAGACAAUCAUCUUUUUUAGCUUUUGGCAGAGCGUGAUGGUAAAUAUGUUGCUGAAAGUGCAAUUGCUUUACACAGGUGAGACUGAGCACGAGCGGGAAAAUGUCAGUGCAGCCAUUGAGGAUCUGCUCAUGUGUUUUGAGACGCUACCUGUCGCUUUGUUGCACCGCGCUGCCUUUGGCCGCAGUAAACUUGAUGAGGAAAUGGCUGCAGUUCCUAUGUACAUGAAGGACGAGAAUAAUAACAACAUUCGAAGCAACAUUGAUACCGCCCUAAGCAUUAAUGAUGUGAUUGAAGACACCAUCGCCACAAUCUUUUAUCGACGUGGAAAGCUUGUUGAUCAAGAGAACACGGAGGACGAUUACGCCAAUGAGAAUGAGCGGGGAAAUGGCUCGAAAAAGCGAGGUGGAGGCGCAGCAGCCGUGCCUGAAGCGGAUGAUGGGUUUGUUGAGGCGGUGGUGGCAUAUGGCCGUGACCCAACGCUUGAGGAACUGGUGCACCACGCCAUUGCCUCAGACUACGGUGUGCGGGCGGACGGCUUACUGCAUUAUGAUGAUGACAGUGACAGAGAGGAGCGAAACCGUGACAUGAACUUUGCCGACACGGAUGUCAUCAUGCGCCGCACGCGGUACGAGGAGGCCAGCGAGGCUGUGAAGGUGGAUACCGAUUUGUUGCAGAGCCACCAGCUACAACUGCAAACAAAUACACCACAAAUUUAUUGUGUCGUGUGUGGACGCUUUGAUCGCGAGAUGGUCCGUCGCAAGAAUGGAUAUAAGUGCAAGGAAUGUAUUGGCGUGAAGAGUAAGGUCCUGCUGCGCACCUACCAACAAGAAGUUUUGGAGCAGACGGCGAGUGCUUCUCAUGGGGUUGUGCCGGACGCUUAA